AUGGGGCUGUGGUGGAGGGAGUCGAAUGUGUCUGUUAUUUCCUACUCUCGGCACCACAUUGCGGUGGAGGUUCGUAGUGUGGAAGGGGUUCCAUUAUGGGCGGCGAUUGGUAUGUACGGAUGGCCAGAGACAGAAAAUAAAUAUCGCACAUGGGACUUGAUGAGAUCGCUGAAAGAGACUAUCAACCUCCCAACUGUGUUUUUUGGAGAUUUCAAUGAAAUAACAAGUAUGGCUGAAAAGGAGGGUGGGGUGGAUAGGCGUGAGUAUUUGAUGGAUGCUUUCAGGGGAGCAAUCGAUGACUGCGGUCUGCGUGACUUGGGAUUUAAGGGAAGUAUUUUUACGUGGCAACAUGGCUCGAUACCAGGGAGUACAAUUCGUGAGAGGCUCGAUCGUUUUCUUGCAGAUGAAGAGUGGUGCACCCUUUUCCCACAGUUCAAUGCUUGGGAGGACAGGCCAAGCAUGAGAGUACCCACGAAAAUUGAACAUUGUGCUGAAAAACUCAGAACGUGGGCGUGGAACACAUUCGGUGCAGUGAAGAGGAGGAUUAAAAAGGUGGAGAAGGAACUAGGGGAGUGGAAAAAUGGAAUACCUGAUGCUGUCAUGCUCGAAAAAUUCAAUACGCUAGUUUAA